AUGGGGGUGCCGGGUCGUUCGCUGGCCGCGGCGCCCGGGGGAGGCUCCGCCAUCGCGCUCGGCCGCGCGCCCUGCAGCCGCGGUGCUCGCCCCCGCGCGCCCCCACGCGCGCCGUCGGCCUCGGGAGGCCGCCCACUCGGACGCGCGUGGGGGACGCGCGGGCAUCGGCGGCUGCGCGGCGGCUCCUCCUCGGAGGCACAGCGGACCGGCUGCCGGGAGGAUGCCUCGGUGCGGGGCGCGUCGCCCCCCUCAGGCCACCAGAGCCCGGAUACCUCAGAAAUUCGGCUCUGGGUCUGUGGGGAGCGAAAUGCAACCCAAACCCCGUUUCCCCCGAAGCCCCGCGCAGAUAAACACGCACAAGCACGCACACAGACGUCGCCGCGGCCCGCACUCGCAGCCGCAGGUUCCUGCGUCCGGGAAGAGCCCGGGGACCAGACGGGGUCGCUGCCUUCGCCUGGCAGCCCCGGGCGCGGCCGCUCGCCCUCGCCGCUCGCAGGUGCGACGGAAGUGUCCGGCGUCACCGGCCCGGAGCAACGGCGCAACGGCCGGUCGGGGCCUGCAGCCUCGGCGGCCCGGGCGGGGCGGGAGCGGCCGCCCGACACAGCUGGAUGCUUCAGUGAACACCGUUCUCGUUGCACAGUUGCAUCUUUUCGAUCGCUGGGAAGUUGUGUUGCUAGCUCUAAGGUUUGGUCCAGCAUUCCUAAUCCGUACCUUCUUUGGUAAGGUUUGGCAGAUUCCUUCAUAGACUCUAUUCUCCCCAGCGGUGUGUGAGAAUGCCAGUUUCCCCACAACCCAUUACCAAACACUGGAAACUAAUCGUAGCUUUAAACCCGUGGUUUUUUAAUUAUGCGUGACUCUUGAGCACUUUUCCAUACAUUAGGUGACUUGUAUUUCCUUUUCUGUGACUUAUCUGUCCUCACAGUGAGCUCAUAUUUCUCAUGUGUCACGCACACCUGCUUAGGGUGGCUACAAUAAGAGUAAUGUCUUUAUUAGUUUGUAGUUUCUUACCUAUGAAAGAAGACAGCCUUAUGUUUACAAUAAGUGUUAUUUUCCAGGCUACUUAUGCUGGUUUUAUUUAUGAAACUUUAUUUUCAUCUCACAGAAAUUUAUAUGUUGUAAUUUAUUAGUGUUUACUAGCUUCUAGGUAUGAAGGUCACCAGACUGUUAAAUAAUUCCCUGUAGUGGUUUUAGUUUUAAAUCUUUGCUCCAUCUGGAAAAUCUUUUGUAAUCGAAGUUCUACUCCAGACUUGGUGAUGAGCCCGCUCUCUCUUCCAUACUAAUUUGAAAUGCCACAUUUAUCAUUGUCUAAAUUUCUGUAUAUACUUUGGUUUCUGGAUUUUCUAGUUUGCUGCAUUGGCCUGAAAUUUUUAUGUGCUAUUUUACAGUCUAGUAAGGUUAGGGGUUCGUUAUUUUUUUUUAAAGAUUUCCCCUUCAUAGUCAUGAAUUAUUCAUUAAUAUAAUACUUAAUAAUAAAGUAGUUUGGCUAUGGCUACACAUGCUGUGAUUUAUAAACUAUAAACAGUUUCCACGUGUUUGAUAGCAUGUGAGCUGUGGGUAAACACAAUUCUCACACAUUGCUGGGGGAAGGCACUAAAAUGAGUAGCCUCUAGUUGGGAUGUUAGAAAUCUUUUGUUUCUGUAACAAAAUAAGGUAAACAAAUGUAAGUUUAUUUUGACUCAGGGAUUUUGAAAACAAACUACCACGUGACCAAGGAAACAAAAGGCAAAUUCUGGUCCCUUAACUGUGUUCAUUGCAGGUAUGUUCUCAGCAGUUUCUUCAUAAAGCUACAAGGCCGGAAUGUUUACAGACGUAGGAGUUGCUUAUGACCUCACCAGCUGAGAACUGUGGGGACUGAGGAGGUUACACAGGAGGAAAACAAGGAGAAACUGUUACUAAGGGGAAGUCUUCAGCCCCUAAGCUUCUUGAGUAAGCCUGCAGAUCACCUUGGCUGCUGGUCAGCAAAUCACUGCAUUUGCUCCUCAUUGACUCACUUUGAGAAUCACACAGCUGAGCAGUAUAUAUUGCUGCCUUAUGACAUGCAGGUUAUGUAACAGAUGCAGAGACUUGAACUUUUGCUAAGACAGAUUUUUCAGUUGAGCCUACUACAACUACCCGAUGGACAAACACAGUCAAAGGCUUGGCAUCUGUCCUCCUACAGUGUCUGUCCUUUCCGCUGUCUUAAAUCCUGGGCCAGUUCUACAUUAGAUAAACAGUCAUCGUUUGAAUGAAAUGCUUUUCCUAGACUAGUAUGUCUGUCUGUCUGUCUGACUGUGUUUUUGUGUGUGUACACCCAAGAAGCAUAUCUUUUGAAUUUUGUUGGAAGUAAUGGACAAUGACCAGACCAUAGUCCAUCCCAGAAGAAUCAAAGACCUGCUGUUUUAUCCUGUUGAGCGAGCAGCUCAAUCACUUCUUUGGUUAGCGUCCUUCUAUUCUUACAUGCGAGUCAAUAAAUGGAGCCUUGCCUCA